AUGACCAGGGCCAUGCUGGGCGAUCUCUUUGAGCAUCUGUCUGUGACGAAGCAGCCACAUGGUUGGUUCUUCAUUGAUCGUGAUGGCAAGCUCUUUUGCUAUGUGCUCCAGUUCCUCUGUGAUGGCGACAUCCGGGACAUGAUCGCGGGCAUGAAAGUGACCGAUAUCAUGGGCCUCAAGAGGGAGGCCUUCUUCUUUGAUCUCGGAUCGCUCAAGGAACAGAUCUCCGAAGUUGAAUCGGCGAUCGUGUGA